AUGACUAUCACAACCUGCCAGAAGGUUACUCUCAUAUCAUGCUCUGUCCUCUGUGUUUCUCUCUUCCUGCCCAGGAUGCUUUUACCCAGAGCAAAAAAGGAAAAGGAGCAGUUGGAGGGUAAGGCAGCUUAUCGGCUCAUCAUACAUCCAUCCAUCCAUCCAUCCAUCCAUCCAUCCAUUUAUUCAUCUCUAUCUCCUGUGUCCAGUUUUAUCAGUUUUGGACCGGGUUUUCACCCGUCUGUGAUGCGUCAGUUGUCAGGGCUGGCUGAUCCAGAUGAGUGGGAUGUGGACCCUUCUCCUUCUAUGACACACGCUGUUGAGGCACUGGCAAAAGGGAAAAGCCUCGGACGAGGCAAAAAAUACAAUCUGAUUGCUCAAGUCAUACCCAUCUACGGUUUUGGGAUCUUGCUUUACAUCCUAUAUAUCAUCUACAAGCUGACAUGUAAGGGGAAGACGAACAAAUCAGGAACCUAUUCUGCACUGACACACACUAACAAGCCUAAUACCAAUAAUCCAAAGCAGCAGAAGAAUCUCUCUAGUGGCAGAAGGCGGAAGAGUAAAUCUUCCAUAUCAAAGAAGGAGGAGAAGCUGCUCAGGCAGCUUCAGCAGAUCACGCUGCUGAUACAGGAGAGCCGGUUGGAGGGAGCCUCCCCGGAGAUGGAGGCGGAGGAGGUCCCGUACGGGGCAGACUGGGAAGGCUACCCGGUGGAAACCUUCCCACAGUACGAUGAUCCCUCUGAUAGACGCAGACAUGAGACCCCCAGGCUGGUGGAACCCUCCAGUCAGCCCACUGCUGAGGCCCUGGCGGAGAGGAUGGAGCAGGAGGAAGAAGAGAUCUUGGCAAGGAAACUCUCCAUAGUCCAAGAGGAAGAUGAGGACGAGCGAGAGGGUGAAGAUGAGGACGACGAGGAAGAAGUAGAUGAGACUGAGGAAGAAGUGGAUGAGACUGAGGAAGAAGUGGAAGAGGUGGAAGAAGUGGAGGAAGUAGACGAAUUCACAAAGGAGGAGGAUGAGGAGGAGGAGGAGGAAGACCUCGGAGAGAAAAGGCAGUUGCUCAGCCUCCCUCUGCCAGCCGAGAGGAAGCAGGAACGAGUCGGUUUGGAGGUGAGCAGAGAACUACAGCGUCAAAGCGGAGGAAAGAAGCAAAUAAGCUUCAGUGAGAAAAAACACGUUUUCCACUACCCCCGAGAGGAUACCUUUGAGGAGGAGGGGGGGAAGGAAGACGAGGUGGAGGAAGAAUAUGAAGGGAUGGAGGUGGAGGAAGAGGAGGAAGAAGUAGAGGAGGAUGAUGAAGACCCGCUGAUGGAGGCGGAGAGCCUGUUGUUCAGCUGUGAAGUCUCGUCAAACCCAGAGGAGGAGGCCGAGGACCAAGAGGAGUUUUUGUCGAUGGCGGGGCCAGGGGAGGGGGACGGUCACAUCCAAGCAGAGAUGCCUAAAGAAGUGGGGGCCAGUGGGCUGAGGAUGCGGAACAGGAGGGAGACAUAA